GUUCUGCAGUACAAGAACCGAUGUGCUGAUCUCGAGAAGCAGCUUUUGAUGAAGGAAGAAGAUUGCCGACAUCUUGAGAUCGCGGAGACGGUGAGGGGCCGACGGCACGAGGAGGAAGAGCAAGCGCGGGAGCUAGAGAACGCACUCAUCCGGCUCGAAGAGGAACAGCAAAGGUGCUGUAGCCUGGCCGAGGUGAACGCCCUCUUGCGCGAGCAGUUGGGACAGGCUAAUGCCGCCAACCAGGCCCUGAGCCUGGACCUGCGGAAACUGACCGAAGAUUGGACGCUGGCCCGCGAGGAGCUGGAGGUGAAAGAGUCCGACUGGAGGAGGGAGGAGGAGACCUACAACCAGUACCUGUCGGGGGAGCGAUGCCGUAUGCUGGCUCUCUGGAAAAGGACGGUCACCCUGCGUCGUCACGUCCUGCAGCUCAAGAGCGCAACGGACAGGGACCUGGCCCAGGGUCGCUCGGAGCUGGCCCGGCUGGCUAAUACCCUGCACUCCGCGUGCCUGGGGCUGGGCUCCAGCCUGCGGACGUCGGACAGCCUCUCCUCCCUCUCCCAGCAGCGCUGCCAGUCCCGGCUGCUGGAGCUGGAGCGGGACGCCCGGGCGGCGGCCCAGGAGAGGGACCAGGUCCGGGCGCGGGGCGCCGAGGAGCAGGCCGAGCUGAACGCCAGGAACGCCGAGCUGUGUUUGAGGAUUGGGGUGCUCGAAAACCAGGUCUCGGAGAAAACGAAGCAGAUUGAAAACCUGGCCGAUACCAUCGAAACUUCUGAGAGCCACAGGCAGAGGAUCCAGGAGGAGCUGUCGGAGGCCGCAGAGCUGCGCGGGACCCUGGCCGACCUCCAGCGCUCCCUCCGCCACGUCGCGCAGACCCUCCUUUCAGACAGUCCGUCCCCGCAGUCGCUUCCCGAUCUGACGUCCCAGACGGGAGACGGUGGUCUGGACGAGACCCAGCUUUUCACGGCCAUCCCAGCCCUCGUCUCCGCCAUCCAGACUGGCCUCCUGAGCAAGAACUCUCUAGUCGAGGAGCUGCGUGCUCGGCUGAAAUCGAGUCAGGAGUCGUGUGCUGCGCUGCGGAAGCAGAUUUCCGACGCCGCGGAGCGAUGGCAGCUGACUGAGAGGCAGGCGGGGGAGGCCGAGCGGGAGAGGGAUUCUCUCCAGCGCUCUCACCGGGCACUGCAGGAGGAACUGAGGCAGCAGAGGGAGGAGAUCGGGAACCUCCGGAGGCAGGGUUCCGAGGGGGAGCAGGCUGCCCUCUCGCUGACCAGCCGACUCCACUCCCUCGAGGAGGAGCUGAGGAGGGCGAAGGAGUCGGCGAGGGACGAGCUGACGGUGAUCCGUGAGGAGCGAGAAGGUUUCUCCCGGGCCAAGGAGGAGAUGGAGGCCAAGGCGGAGAGGGGGCGGAAACUUCUGGAGCAGGCGGAGGGUCAGGUCUCGGACCUGAGGAGGGAGACGUCGGCCCUCCGGGAGAGGCUGGAGAAGGAGGGUCUGGAGAGGGAGCUUCUCGUCGAGGAGAGGGAGCAACUCCGCGCGGCACUGGACAAGUCGGAACUCGCCUGCUCUGAGCUCAACCGGACCAGCAGCCGCCUGCAGGCCCAGGAGUCCAACCUGCGCGACUCUCUGGCCAAGACCUGUGCGCUGAACGAGGCCCUCGCCCAGGACAAAGUGCAGCUCAACGCCAUCAUCUCGCAGAUGGAGCGGGACCGCGAGGAGGCCCUGUCGAGGGAGUCGAAGCUGGAGAGGUCCCGGGCGGAGGCGGCCGAGGAGGGCCUGAGGCAGGGCAGCGGCCGGAGGGAGGCGGAGGACGAGGCUCGGCGGCUCAGGCAGGCUCUGCGCCGGGCCGACGCGGAGUCCGAGGCGGCCCGCGAGCAGCUGGACCAGCUCCGGGGCCUGGCCGACCAGCUGAGGGAGCAGCUGGCGCAGGCCAGCAGACAGCGGGCGGGCCUGAGCGAGGAGCUCCAGCAGACCCAGCAGAGGCUGCAGUCCCAGCAGGAGGCUGGGAUCCGGGUGAAACGAGAGCUGGAGGACGGAGCACGAGACAAGGCGGCUGUGGAGGUCCAGCUGAGCAUCGCCCAGAGAGAAAUCCAUGUCCUUGGGACAGAGAUUCAGGGGCUGAGAACAGCCCGCGACUCCCUGGAGACGUCACUGUACGCUGAGACGCAGCGCGUAUCUCGUUUAGAAACCACGCUCCGUCAGGCCCAGUCUGAAGCCGAGGCCUACAGGAAGGCAAAGGAAUCCUUGCAAGGCGAGCUGGGCCAGAGCAGGGAGGAGCUCGAGGAGCGGAGGCUGGAGUGGGAGCGGGAGAGGGCGGACCUCGGGGAGAAGCUGGGCGCCGUGCGGGAGGAGACGCUGAAGGCCCGGGAGGCGGCUGAGGAGGGCCAUCAGGCGGAACUGCAGCAACUCCGGGAGGAGAAGUCGGCCCUGAGGCGAUCGCUGGAACAGGAGCACCGGUCGGCCCUCGAGGACCUGCGCCGGCGGUGCGAGGGGGAGACGGAGCGGGCGGAGGGCCUGCGGGAGGCGGCAACGCUGCUGCGUCAGGAGAAGGAGGCCGCCGUGCGCGGGGCCGAGCGGCAGAGGAAGGAGAUGCUGUCUGCCCAGGAGAAGGAGGCGUCCCGCCUGCAGGAGGAGAUAUCGCAGGCCCGCCUCCAGGCCGAGGAGGCACGGAAGGAGCUGGAGGCGGGCAGGGCGGCCCUGGAGGAGGAGAGGAGGCGUAGCGAGGCCAGCGCCUCCGGACUGACCCAGGAGCUCGUUGACGCCCGCCGCAGGCUGUCCGAGGUCGAGGAGGGGCGGGCGAGGCUGGAGGAGGAGUCCCGGGCGCAGAGGGAGCGCCUCGAGGAGGAGAGGGUCGCCGCGCAGAGGAAGAGCGAGGACCUGGAGGGCCGUCUCGCCACCCUGGAGCAGGAGGUCUCCUCGCUGACGGCAGACGUGUCGCGGGCCCGGGACGCCGCCCGGCAGGCCGAGGAGACUCUGAGGGAGGUGCAGGGCGAGGCAGCCGAGGCCCGGAGGGCGGCUGCCGAGGAGGAGGAGGGGCGCCGGGAGGCCGAGGGAGCAGCCGAGCGGCUGAGGGAGGCCGUGAAGGAGCUGGAGGCACAGAAAAUCAGCCUCACCCUGGAGAAGGAGGAGAGGCGGUCCCGGGCGCUGGCGGGCGAGGAGGCGAGGCAGGCCCUGGAGGAGCAGGCCGCCCAGCUGCGGAGGGAGCUGCGCGAGGUGGAGCAGUCGAGGCUGGAGGCGCGGAGGGAGAUCCAGGAGCUCCGUCGACAGCUGAAGGGGUUAAACACCGAGCUCUCCCGCUCUGCCCAGGAGUCCGAGGAGGCUCGGAGCACGUCCCAGGCGAGGGAGGCUGAGCUACUGUCGGAAACGGCCCGGCUCAAAGCCCAGCUGCUGGAGAUGGAGGCGGCCUGUGAAUCUGCUCGGGACAAGGCCCACGACCUGGAGGGCCAGCUGCGAGAGGCCGAGUCGCGGCCGGGCGUGGGCGAGGCGUCGCUGGCGGCCCAGCUGGAGGAGUUCCGGGAGCUGGAACGCCGUCUCCGCGAGGAGCUGUCCCGCUGGGAGUCGGGCUCGCAGGAGUGGGCCACCCGCGAGGCCGGCCUCCGUCUCGAGCUCAGCGCCGCCCUGGGCAGGGAGCGGGGUCUGUCCGAGGCGCUGGGGCGGUCCCAGGAGGGCGGUCGGCGGUCCUCGGCCCGCCUGGCGGGGCUCCUCUCUGUCCUGCGUCAGGGGCUGGGGCUCCAGGCACCGGAAGACGGGAGCGUGCCCCCGACGCAGCCCGAAGGCCAGCGAGCCCUCGAGGAGGAGGCUGCGGAGGUGGAGGUGGAGCUGUUGGAGGCGGCGCUGAGAGAGCUGAUCACGCGGGAGGAGAGCGCCCGCCGGGAGAAGGAGUCGCUGGCGGCCGAGGUGCGGAGCCUGCACCUGCAGGUCGAAGGUCUGAGCUCGGAGAGGCUGGCGACCGUCGGCCGGCUCCGGAAACUGCAGCACCGGGUGGCCCAGACCGAGGAGGGUCAUCGACAGACAAAUGACCAGCUCUCGGCUGUCCAGGCUGCUCUCCGCCUCCGCGAACAGACCCUGUCCCACCAGGAGAGGGAGCGCGCGGCCUUACGCGAGACCGUCCGCCAGCUCGAGGACUGUCUGCGCCGUUCCCAGCGAGAAUCUGAGGCUGCCAAGGAGGAGGCAAGGAGGGCACGGGCAAACGCCGAGCAGGCCGAGGCGGAGGAGCGUCGUCACCGGCGCCAAGCCGAAGCCUCACGGGCUGAGCUGGCAUCCUCGGGCCUCUCGCUGGAGGCCGAGCUGGCGCGGGCUAGCUCCCAGCUGUCCGAGCGGGAGGCCGAAGCCCGGCAACUGCGUCAGGAGCUGCGCGGCCUCCAGGAGCACCAGCUGGCGGCCAGCAGGGAGGCUGAGGAGGAGGGCGGCCGGCUGAGGGCCCAGGCCCAGGAGGCCCGGAGGGACCUGCAGGAGGAACGGCAGCGGAGCCUGAGGCUGCAGGCCCAGCUCCAGGAGAAGCACGCCGAGGCCGAGGCCAGGCAGUCCUCGGGCCUGGGGGCAGCGAGGAGGCUGGAGGAGGAGAAAGGGCUCCUGCAGGAACGCCUGGGGUCGCUGCAGAGGGCCGUGGCCCAGCUGGAGAGCGAGAGGAGGCAGAUCGAGGAGGAGAGAGCGGCUGCCAAGAGGCAGAUGGAGAAGGCGGAGCGAGAGAAGGAUGCGGCCGUCUCCGAACUUCGGGGCCUCUCCAAGGAUCGCCUGAGGCUGGAUCAGACCCUCGCCUCCAAGGAGCUCGAGCUCAGCACGGCCAGGAGGGAAAUCAGUCGGUUACAGAGCGAACGGGAGGGCUCCCGCCGCGGUCUGGGGGAGGGGACCCGGACGGAGGAGGUCGACCGUCUGCGCCUCUCCCUGAAGCAGCUGGAGACGACCCUCGAGUCCCGGGAGAGGGCCCACCGGCAGAAGGUGAAGGGCCUCGAGGAGCAGGUGGCCCUGCUGAAAGACCAGUUGAACCUCGAGCUCCGUCACAAGCACCGUUACAUCGAGCUCUCGGGCCGGGCGAACCGCCAGCUCUCCCUCCUGCGCCACAGCCUCUCGUCCUCGCUCACCGCCGUGUCCCGCGACCCCGAGCUCACCGGCCUCGACUCCGAGACCCGCCGGCUCGACCGCUCCCUCCUGCUCAGCCUCGGGCUGUCCGAGGAGACCGGCCCCUCCGCGUCCGAGCUGUCCAGGGAUCCCUCGCCCAGCCCCUAACGUGUUUCCAGUUCCCCUCGUCCCUCUCCCCUCCGAAUCUCCCCUCUCUCCCCUCUCUCCCCUCUCUCCCCCGAUCUCCCCUCCACACUCCCCUCCGAUCUCACCUGUCCCCUCGUCCCUCUUCCCUCCACCACCCUCUCCCCCUCUGAUCUCCCCUCCACACUGCCUCCCCUUCUCACCUGUCCCCUCGUUCCUCUCCCCUCCGAAUCUCCCCUCUCCCCUCCCGAUCUCACCUCCACACUCCCUCCCCUUCUCACCCCUCCACACUCCCUCCCCUUCUCACCUGUCCCCUCGUCGCUCUCCCCUCCGAAUCUCCCCUCUCUCCCCUCUCUCCCCCAAUCUCCCCUCCACACUCCCUCCCGAUCUCACCUGUCCCCUUGUCCCUCUCCCCUCUGAUCUCUCCUCUACCCUCCCCCUCCGAUCUCUCCUCUCCCCCUCCGAUGUCCCCCCACCUCUCCCCCUCCGAUCUGCCCUUUCCCCCUCCGAUCUCCCCUCUACAUUCCCCUCCAAUUCUCCCGUCCCCCACCCUGUCCCCCUCCGAUCUCCCCUCUACCCUCCCUCC